AGCCCACCCUCCGGUCCGGGCUGCUCUCCAGGGCGUCUGUAAACACAGCCAGAUCCUGUCAUGGAGGGGGAGGAGGAGGCGGCGGCAGCGGCGAAGGGAGGCGUUGUGGGCCGCCUCCAGGGUCCGCUCUGCCAUUCCUGAACUGGUCCCUCGUCCCCGUGACUGUGGCAUCAGGGAACCGAACUGUUAGGCGAGAGGAGGCGGUCAGAACCAUAUCCCCUUCUUCCCCCGGGGCGGGGCCGGGCCGGACCAGGCCGGCGGAGCCGGGGGAGGGCCGGCCUGUCUGCCGAGAUGGAUGACAGUAAGGUGGUUGGAGGUAAAGUGAAGAAGCCCGGCAAACGUGGUCGAAAGCCAGCCAAAAUUGACUUGAAGGCAAAACUCGAGAGGAGCCGGCAGAGUGCAAGAGAAUGCCGGGCCAGAAAAAAACUGCGGUAUCAGUAUUUGGAAGAAUUGGUAUCCAGCCGGGAAAGAGCCAUUUGUGCCCUUAGAGAGGAACUGGAAAUGUACAAGCAAUGGUGCAUGGCAAUGGACCAAGGUAAAAUCCCGUCUGAAAUAAAGGCCCUGCUCACUGGGGAAGAGCAGAGCAAGUCUCAGCAGAACGCAAGCAGGCACGUGAAGGCUGGGAAGACGGAGGCUAACAGCAACUCCUGGUGAAGAUCAUAUAAAAUUAUGAGUCAGUGACUGAAGCCAAUAUUCUGACCCUGUGGAGGAUGAAUAGGCAAGAUUGUACUUCUUGGCUCCAUUUACUACCUACUGCUCAGUCAUCUCUGUAAAUCUGCAGUUUCUAGCAAAAUGUGUGAUCAUAGAUCUCAAAGAAUUUUGCUUUGAUUUUCAACACUUAGAAAAUUUACAGACGUUCAGACUUGUUCUGGUUGGUAUUGCCAUGUUGCGAUGCUUGGAAGCACAAGAAAAGAAAGUGAGUGAAGAUUGUAUUUUUGCACCUCAACUCCACAUUGCUUUACUGGUUAAUUUAUAUUCUUUCCAUGUACUUCAUGUAAUUGUAUGUGUAUAUGUGUUUGGGUGUCAUUUCCUUUCAUGUUUUUGAUUGCCCUACAAAGAGAAACCAAAUGGGCUGAUGACUGACUACUAAGUCCUCAGCCUUUAUGGACCUAAUCUGAUUUCGUUAUAUUUACUUGAGUCAUGUUUAUUUUAUGCAUGAACCAUGACUUCUCCUGUGAGCCAUUCCAGCAUAAGCUGUGAAUAUAUAGUAACAAAUACAUACACUUCUAUUUUUGUAAUCCAUAAUGAUAUGCCUGUUUUAAAUAAUAUACACAUUAACCCAUCAAGAAAGCCCUUAAGAUAGCCUCUAUUUAAAACUUUAAUUGCUGUCUUUUCAAACUGUAUUUAUACAAGUUUAUUAGGGCCUGAUCCAUACUUGGAGAAUAAUCAGUCAAACUUUUUAUUUUUAAACAAGAAGUAAUCUGUUAGGCAUUUCAGCAGCAUAUAUCAUCUUGACAACCCAGAGUAUGUAUGUAUGUGUUUCUAUUGUAUGUAUUCUAUAUGUAUAUGGGGGAGGGGAGGAGUGAAUGUUCACACACAUUUUGUUGUGUUGUCAACUAAUUUGGAGAAUUUUUCUAAAGACAACGGGAUGAAAUUAGCUGCUGAGAUGGGAGUUUCUGCCUCAGGAGAUCUGGAACCAAACGAGGGACACAUUGCUGGUGGGUCAGAUGGCUUUAGCCAUAACCAGAACACUUAAGUUUCUUCCCUGACUUGAGUUUCCUUAUGAAUGUAUUCUGAGCCAGAGAGAAAUAGACUGCGGGUGUGCAUCCGGUUCGGCCCUGGCCCUGCCUCCGCUCCGGCGUGAAGCACUGGAGCCAGAGUCGUACCCAGCACCGCCGCCAGGGGGCCUGGUGGGAGGGGCGAGGGCAGAGGCGUUUUCUCCGAUUCCCAUCAUGGGUGCCUUUGCUUUCUUCCUGGCUACCAAAUGGAGUGAUGGUUGAGGAAUCACACUCAUAUGAUACACUCAGACCUGGGAAUCUUUUGACGUCCCCACUGAGACACUUUAAGACUCUCUCUUUUCUUUCGCAUAGUUAAAUAAGGAGGUUGUGGUCUCUGUUGCUGCUAAAUUGUAAUUGUUCUUUGCUCUGAUAAAGCAAACAUUUGGUUUCCAAAUAAAAUGUGUUUUGUCACAAAAUAGUUUAGGAAGAGGCAUUCUAGUCUAGCUUGUCUGUGAGGUGGAACAUGAGACGGACCACAUAGUUUCAGGUGACAAGGUACUUCCGUCCCUUCUCUGAGGCCAUGCGUUUGAAUUAAGUGCCUCCCUGAGUUCCUAAAACUCUCUUGUGCGUAGGUCACAGACUCAGAUCGCAAGUCCAGUCCUUUGUGACAACUGAUAAACCACUAGCCCAGUCUGUUGGGUCUUUCUGUUCUGAAGGACUAGGGGUUUAAGAGUAUUUAAUGUCUUUUUUGGAUCAUAAAUAUAGAUAGAUUGUUAAUAUUCAGGCCUUCAGAAUUUAAGUGUUUUAAAUACAGUGUUCAGAUUGUACUGGGUUAUGUUUUUGCCAUCUGGUCUACUCAAAUGUAUAUUUUUAUUUUGCAAAACAACCCAAGACUUAACUCUCUGUCGCUUUGUUCAGUACCUUUUGAAUUUCCCAGAAGAGUUGUUUUCAAAGCAAACAUUCCAAAUGAAUGUGGCUCUUCUAUGGAAUGUCUCCAUUGUGCUCCAAGUGUUUCUUCUCUGGUUGUGAUUUUAAAUUACUGGGUCCUUUAAGCUGUUCCCCUGCUGCCCUUUACAAGGGGACUGAUUUUGUCCUCAGGUAGAGGAUGUAUAAUUUUGGGUGAAAGUAAAUUACAAUUUAUUUGAAUUUAUUCUGAAACCUGUCUAUUUGGUAUCUUGGAGUAGAUCAAACCAAGAAAAGUUCGUUUGGGUACCGAUUGCUUUGGGUACUGUGCGGGCUGCACGCUUGGGCCCCCUGAAGCAUGUUAAUAAACGUCACUGAUGAAGACAGCUGGAGAAUUUCUUGCCCCAUUCCAGUUAGGGGGCAGCACGCUGAAAUCCUGGCAUCUCUUACUUACUUGUAAGGACAACAAGACAGAUGGAAAGAGAACAAAAGAGGGGGGAGUCAGUGAGCUCAGGCCCCUCUGAGUAGACAUAGUACUUUUCCUUUUUCCCAGAGGAAGGUAAGGAGGGAAAUAUAUUUAUGUAUUUAGGUCAGUCAUAUUCUGUCAUUAAUUUAGCACAGACCUGCCGUGUACUAGGGCAACUGAAUAUAACAUGGAAUAAGUUUGACUAGGUCAAAUUUUAGGAUAUAUUUAAUGUUCUUAAAAUUUUUUUUUAUCUAAACUCUUUCUAAUAUAUCUGAAUCAGAAUCUUAUCUUGCUGCAGCAAAUUCGUAUCACUCUUUACCAGCUAAUUGACAGUAUUUAUCAGCAUCACCAUUUAGCAUUUUAUCAUCUUUGAAUUGUAAUAGGCUUGAUUUGGCUCAUUAUAAAAAGUAUAGGUUUAAACUGGACUCACCUUUAGUUAAAGGCUAAUAAAAAUGAAAAACAUAAAUGUGAUAUAUCAGAAAAUCAGUUGCAUAUUAUCAAUUACAUUUUUAGUUUUAAAAGAGAGGAAAUUGACUUCUAAACCACAUGGUAUUUGGGGGCAUUGAAGGAAUCCUUUUUCUGAAGAGCAUUGUACAAUUAUAUUUUUAUGAAAAAUAAAAUAUCUUCACAGCUA